AUCUCGUGUCUUGAGGUUGUAGUGCCAAACGUAUCGUGUUGCUGCGUCGAUGAACGUGAUGACAUAGUUGUGCUCUGCUUCACUGUCAUCUCGAGGCAUAUUUAGAAUGUCGAUGUAAACUUUUUCCAUCGGUGCGUAUGCAGGUGCACUUGGAUUGUGGUGCGACGGGAAGGGUUGGUGGGGAAGAUCAGCUUCAGGACACGUGAAGCACUGUGCGUGGGCUUGUGGAAGCUCCUGGCCACUCGUUGUAAGAAGAGCGUCCUUUUCUAAUACUCCGGCUUGUAUGGUCUGUAGUACUGUGCUAUUUGCAGGGUGUCCGAGGCGUUGAUGCCAGAUGUCGUCGGGAGCGCGAUGGCCCGGUGAGCGCUGGUACACGUCGGCGUUGGAGAAGAACGCGAAGACCGUGGCGGGACUGCGGCAGACUUCUCGGGUGAUGGGCAUGAGUUGAUCUGCUUUGGAUGGCGGUCCUCGGAUUGCUGGUGGCGGCGUGCGGCUGGGUCCUGCUGCUGCUUCUGCUGGGAUGGUGUUGGAGUACCAGAAUCCGUCUGGAGUAAAGUCGGGGUCAAGGUCCGGCGAGUGCGUCCAAGCAGCGAACGACACGAUGCCAUCGCUAUCGGCAGUUCCGCGGUCGGGGACGAAGUCCAGCACGAAGACGCCUGACUUUAGGAGAGCGCGACCGAUGAAGAGGCCGCCCUUGCCGUGGCGUCACUCUCGUUGCACGAAGCGCCCGGAAGAACACAUAUGUUGGCCGCAGCAACUGUCCAAGAACCAGGUGUUUCGUCUGAUGGGUUCGGUGUUGGCGACUGCAGCGUACGUCGGGUUGACAUGGAGACCUUGUGUAGAGGAGCGGCUUGGCGGACUUCCUUGAGUGGAGGCUACUUGCGGAUCUGCUAGACGAUAUACUCGGGGACGCGUACAGUUAACCUUGGAGUGUCCGGAUGUCUGGCAAUUGUGGCAGAACGGCGGCAAGACGGUUUCGCAGGAGAACUGUGUACGCCAGCAGCGACCGAUAAGUGAAGAUUUCUUGCUCCUUUGCAGUGCCAUUACUUGGAAAUGGCAGGGACCCGUUGAAGUAUCCCAAGAGGUGUCCUUGUCUGCUACUGCUGGUCAAAGUGCGACAUGAAGCUGAAGAACCUUUCCAUAAGGUUUGGGUCCAUGCCUGAAGAGGGUGAAGGGGUCACCAUUUCUGGUACCCUUCCUGUUGUUUCUUGAGCAGCGCCGGUCUCAGUUUGUAGUCCUAAAGUGUGUAGUCCAGAGAUGUCGGGUUGAGUGUUUUGGCCGCUGGGUGAGCCCGUAGAAGACUUCUUGCCCUUGUU